GCCCAACUGCAUGUUGGAACCAAAAAUGGAGGAUCAUAUGCUGCUAUACUCAUCUCUCCUAAUUCUCUUUCUCCUCUUAGCUUUCAAGCUUUUGUCAAAUUCUUCACGUAAUAAAAACCUCCCUCCAAGUCCCCCUUCUCUUCCAAUUUUGGGUCAUCUCCAUCUCCUUAAACAACCUCUUCACCGAAAUCUUCAAACUCUAUCAAAGAUAUAUGGUCCUAUAAUUUCUCUUCGGUUUGGGCCUCGUUUGGUGGUUCUAGUUUCCUCUCCAUUAGCUGUCAAGGAAUGCUUCACUAAAAAUGACAUUAUUUUCGCCAAUCGCCCAAAAACACUAGCGGGUAAAUAUGUAGGCUAUAACAAUACUAUGCUUGGAACAGAUUCAUAUGGUGAACAUUGGCGCAAUCUUCGCCGAAUAGGAACUCUUGAGAUCUUCUCUUCACAUCGCCUAAACUUGUGUUUAGAUGCUAGAAGAGAUGAAAUAAAGAUCUUACUAUGCAAACUAUACCGUGCAUCGUGUCAUGGUUUUGCCAAGGUAGAGAUGAGGUCGAUGUUUAUGGAGCUAACAUAUAACAUACUUAUGAGAAUGAUUUCAGGAAAGCGUUAUUACGGCAAAGAAGUAGAUGGAGUUGAAGAAGCAAGAAGGUUCAAGAAGAUUGUAGAAGAAACCUCGAAAUGUUCCGAGGUAGCAAAUAUAGAAGAUUUCUUUCCGAUUUUGAAGUGGAUUGACUGCCGAGGGCUUAUAAAAAGAAUGAAGAGAGUUGGGAAAGAGAGUGACAUGGUGUUGCAAGCUUUGCUCGAUGAGCAACGGAGUGGUGAUUCAAAGACUAGAGACAAUAUGAUAAGUCAUCUCCUUUCUUUGCAAGAAUUGCAGCCACAAUAUUAUACGGAUGAAAUUAUCAAAGGACUCAUCCUGAUAAUUAUGUUGGCCGGGACGGACACAUCAGCUGCAACAUUAGAGUGGACAAUGUCCAAUUUGCUAAAUCAUCCAAGAGUUUUACAAAAGGCUAGAGCCGAAAUAACAGCCGAAGUUGGACAGGGGCGUCUAAUAGAUGAAUCAGACCUCUCAAAGCUGCCAUACCUUCAAGCUAUUAUAUCAGAAACCCUUCGGCUGUACCCAGUUGCACCACUCUUACUCCCACACAUGUCGUCUGAAAACUGCAGCAUCGGCGGAUACGACGUGCCGAAGGACACAAUGCUGCUGAUAAAUGCAUGGGCAAUACACAGAGAUCCUGAAAUCUGGGAUGAUCCUGAAAGUUUCAUUCCUGAGAGAUUAGAGAACGGAGCUGGAGCUGACAGCUGCAAGAUUUUGCCUUUUGGGUUUGGAAGGAGAGCGUGUCCUGGGAUGGGGCUGGCCAACCGGGUGAUGGGAUUGGCUUUGGGUUCUUUGAUUCAGUGCUUUGAAUGGGAAAGGAUUGGUGGUGAGGAAAUUGACAUGAAGGAAGCCAGUGGACUCUCCAUGCAUAAAGCUCAGCCAUUGGUGGCCAUGUGUAGACCAUGGCAUUUUGUUGAUGGGGUUUUCAUUGGAGAAGAAAUCUAGAAUCAUCAUCCAAGUGUAAUAGUUCUAGAAUCAUCAUCUUCAAUCACAUGAUUUUUUACCAAAAUAUUCCUUAAAUAUAUCAUAUACAAUAACUUACGUAGUACUAUC